GCGAUAUUUUCCGUUGUUAUUGGUCAUUACGUUUGUCGCCUUUAGCGUCGUGAGCUCACGAGACAUGAAAUCUUUUGCCACACCAACGGACCGAGAAGGGAAACUACUUUCUCUUUUCCAAAUCGUGAGAUUUCCGAACGAGCCCUGCAUCGGGCAAGCCAGCAAGAACGGAACCUGUUACACGGCCGAUGAGUGCACCUCCAAGGGAGGAACCAAUGCAGGCACUUGUGCCCAAGGCUAUGGAGUCUGCUGUACCUUUACCGAAAAUUGUGGUGCCACCUCUAACGAAAAUUGUACUUACUUCGAGUCAUCUGGAGGGGAAAUUGGGGCCUGUCAGCUCAAGAUUUGUCCUUGUAGUGACAACAUCUGCCAACUUCGUCUGGAUUUCAACCAGUUCAUGAUCACGGGCCCCUCAACUUCCACCGUGAGCGUCAGUGCUCAUAGAGGAGGCGUGAUUGGAGCCCCAGGAGCCGCGACAGCCAUUUCAUUGGCCUCUCGAUGUCUGACCGAUACUUUCUCCGUUCUUUCACCCUCUGGCCAAUCCCCGCCCACAAUCUGCGGCAUCAACACGGGCGAACACAUGUAUGUGGACUCAAGUGUCAAUUGUAACGACCUGGUUUUCCAAUUGGGGAACAUGGCUCAAGGAACGGGGAUUGGUCAGCGCCAAUGGAGCAUCAAGAUCACCCAAUAUUCUUGCGACUAUCCCAAUUUAGCACCCGAUGGGUGCACUCAGUACUACUUUGGAACCACCUCGGACACGGUUCAAACUUAUAAUUUUGCAGGUGGACAGCAUUUGGCCAAUCAAGACCAAAGCAUUUGUAUCAGAUCUGUUACGCCACAGUCAUGGAAUCUGACUUCAUGACAUCGGGCAUGGCCACGAAAAUGGCGAUUGCAAAGCCAUCGUCUUGUUGUGGAUAUGGAACGGCGGGAACUGGCACCAACUUUGAUUGCGUCAUCAUUCCUGGAGCUUUGAACCCUGCCAUGUUGUCCAUGCAAGGCAUGUUCAGCCAAUUCUGUGGACGCUCGGCUGGAAUUCAAAACACAAUCUCGACUGUCGGCAGCAUGAUGUCCAAAACCAUCUGCACCGACCGACAGCCCUUCAAUAUUCGCUUCUUGUCCGACGCCUUUGAAGGAGACAUGGAAAUCUUGAUGGGGGUGAUGUCUGGGUUCAAGUUGACCUAUCUUCAAACUUCGAAUGGUUGCAAUAAUUAAUCAAACGGCCUGAAAACUGGUCGGAAUCGAAAACCAAAUCAACUCAAUCAAUCGCUCAACUGACAUCAUCUCGUGUUGGUUUCCCUUCUUCCACCAUUGGCGAUAAAUGCUAACAUCGAAUGCAAUCUUCAGUCCCCAAUGGGAUUGCCUCCAAUCCUUUUAGUUGAGGUCAUUUUCUCUAUUUUAUCC